UAAAACUGAUUAAGAAAACUAAAAUUUAAAACCCACCCCACGCCACGCACGCCCUCAAUGCCACCGCUCCAACCUAUCAAUCCCCAACCCAACCCCAUUCCCCGGAAAAACCCUAAACCCGACGGAAUUCCCCUCCCCAACCCACAAAACCCACACUGAAAAGAAAGGAGCGCUUCUUCAGCCUUCGACGGUGCUCAAAUUUCUCUUACUUUUCUCUCUCUCUCUCUCUCUCUACAGUAACCGUAGAGAGCAAGCUCCAGUGGAAAGAGAAGCGAAGGGGUCGACGACGUUGAUGUGCCAACGCCGAAGCGGUUGAACUCGUCGGGUCGGAUUCGGAUCCGGUUUUGCAAACACUGCUUCAAGAGGCACUGAAGAACACGACGCUAUACAGCUUCAUAGACAGGGCUUCUGCCUAAUAUAUGUAGAAACGGUUGUUGAAGUUAAACUCAACAUGGAGGAUUUGGAUGAUAUUUUCCUUGACCCUUCUAAUGCCCCUGCUCGUCCUGGCGGCCGAUUUCGACCCAAGGCAAAGCCCCGGCCAAGCAAGGUAGCAUCUACAGCAGCUACUUCUGCUCUCCGUAAUGACAGAACGGAAAAACCUGCCACAUUAUCUCCCACUGUCUCAGAUACUGUUCCAUCUGUUAAAUCCAUUGAUGUUGGAGAUGUUAAAGUAACAGAUCCUGUAGGUUCGUCCUUAGCCACAUCAGAGAUUCUUGGGAACAUAGAGCCAGCAAAAAACAAUGAGAAUUUAUGUACAAAUGUUGCAUUGUCUGAUGGCAACAAGGACACGAAACCUUGCGAGUCAGCUGCAACAGCUGCUCCUCAACCGGAGGUUGCAGCUUCUGUUGGAACAGCAGCAGGGGAGAAUGCAGACAUAUUCUCUGGGUUGGAAUGUCUUGAUGGUUUUCUAAGUCAAACUACCGGGGGUACAGCAGAGAGUGCUGCCAGUAAGUCCCAUGUUUCUGCUGAGCCUUCAGCGUUCAUGGUUUGUGAUGUUGCAGAAGCUCAAACUUUUUCUGAUUGUUGUACAACCCAAGAUCCUGUGUCCUGCAGAGAAGUUUCUGUUUCUAACAAACCGGAUGAAGUGCAUUUAGAAACAAAGGUAGAUGGGGUUUUCUCAGAAUUUGAAGUUCUAGAUGUUGUGUCUGAUGCUACCAUUUCGUCUGGACAACGUGUUGGAAAAUUUCAACCCAAGCUCAAAGUGAAAAAAGGAAAGGAGCAUCUGCACAUCCCUCCUGCUGAAGUUGAGUGUAUGCUUUCACAAGCUGUGUUGGUGCCUUCUGAAACUGACUUGAAUGAGAGCUCACUUCCUGCCUUCCCACCUGGACAUGUUCUUGAUCACCCCUCUCCAAGGUUUGGUGAUUCUAGUACCCCACAUCCAACCUCUGAUCCUCAAGUGAAUACAGAAUACAUUGCAGAAACUACCCACUCGGAUGGUGCCAUUAUUGGGGAUGCUGUGCUUUCAGAAGAUGUUGGGGGAACACCUGGAAAAGAGGGUCAUAAGAGUAGAAAUAGAAAAGGUUCUACUGCAUCAAAUAGUUCUCAGAAGCGCAAAUCUUUUGCAGCCAGUGAGGAGGCUGAAGGUGGGACAUCAUCCAGGAAGUUGAGGAAGCGGUUACCUCGUCAAGACGUUGAAGAGCUAGUGCAUGAGGCUAAUGAAGACAGCUUCACUGCUGAACCUUCUAGUGGAUCUAACGUUAAUGAAGACGAGAAUAAUGAUAAUGAAUAUAGGGAGCAUAAGACAUUACAGAGGAAAAGAGCCCCAAGAAAGUCCAAGGAGCCUGAAUCUGGAAAAGAAGAACCAGUACAAAAGCGUAAAAGAGCCAAGGAAGCACCUGAUAAAUCAACGAAAGACCCUCCCAAAAGGUUUUCCCAUUCAACUCGUAGAACCAAAAGACAUGUGGACAAGUCUUUGCUUGAAAUCCCAGAGGAUGAAAUUGACCAUCAAAGGUUGUCUCUAAAGAAUCUCAUUCGUCUAGCAGAGCAUAGGGAGCUGUUAGCGAUUAAAGAGGCAAGAAAAAUGACAACUCCAGUCCCCGAUGAAAGUGCUAACAAUGAUUCUCACAAGGAAGCUUAUCAAGAUGAAGAGAAUGAAGAGGGGACCUUUCCUUCAGAACACGACGGAAACUCUGAAGAAAAUCAAGCAAGUUACCGGGUUAAUGCGAGUUCCUUUUUACUCAAUUACCAGUCGUACAUGGACAAAGCACCCACCGUAAGAUGGUCUAAACAAGACACAGAACUGUUCUAUGUGGCUAUUCAGCAGUGUGGAUCAGAUUUUACCAUGAUUCAAGAACUCUAUUUUCCUGGUCGAACACGUCAUCAAAUCAAGUUGAAAUUCAAGAAGGAAGAACGUCAAAAUCCAUUACGUAUCAAUGAAGCCGUAUUAAGUCGUUCGACUUGUUCCACAGAUCAUUCCCAAUUUACUUCAUAUAUUGAGAGGCUGCAACAAGUUGCUCAGGCAAACAAGGAGGAGGAAGCAGAACCAACUCAUGAUACUGAUGAGGGAGUGAAAAAAACAGAGUUGGAAGAACCUGAAGAUCAGGAAGCUGAUGUUGCUGAAGUUCAAGAAGAAGCUGUGGAUGCUGAAGUUGAUAAUCCAUUGAAGUCUGAUGAAAUUGAUGACGAAGAAUUUACGUGGUCGGAAUGACAAGUCACGAGUUUUUUUCCCCCUAAUAUAUUUUUUUCAGCCAUGACUGACUUUCAACGAGAAGAUAUCGUUCUGACAAAUUGAAGGAGAUUCAAAUCUUGUUAUUGAGAGUGUUACACAAGGAAAACUAACACAUGGAAAUCAUUCUCAUUUUGACUAUGGAGAAUGUGGAGAUAAAAACACAUACAGUAUAUUGAGUAGCCAACACAGUUGCAGAUGAACUGUAAGCACGGGACGGGACAAUCGAUACCUCAGCCCCAAAUCUGGGCACAAAACUAUACCAUGCCCUGUUGCAAAUGAUAUUUUGAUCUUAUCAGCUUUUAGGCCCCUGCGAUUGUAAUAUUAAAAAAAAUUUAAUAAUGAAUGCUCUCAUAUCUAAUUUUUUUUUUGUAAA